GCACAUUAAAGUUUUUCCCUAGAGGGGAAAUCCCCUUACAUCUGCUUGAAGCAAUCAACUGAGCUGGUUACCUCAAAGUUGACAAAACGGCAGUUUCAUGUCAGUAGUACGAUGAUUAAGUCUGUGUUUUAACAGUGUUCCAACAACAGGCGAUGGUAGUCGGUGACGUCAUCCUAAGUGCUCCCUGCUAAGAUGCUAUUUCUAUGGAUGAUUCUUUCGUUUGGUUACUCGCUGGGUUUUGAUUUCAUCGAGAGACACCCCGGGGAAUCGCUGCUUUUUCCCGAUGAGCGCACUAGUCUAAAUGAUUGCCACCUGCGAUACUACAAGUACAGCCAGUUCUGGCGCAAUCCCGGCUACAAUGGUGUGCCGGCGCGUCUGUUUGAGUUUGCCCACAUGGGAGCGAUCGGGUGGACUAUGCCGCCGGACAGCAGUAUCGAUUGGCGCUGCGGAGGAUCACUGAUUACGGGCCGGUUUGUGCUUACGGCGGCCCACUGUGCUGUCGAUUCCAGAAACUCUCCGCCGGAUGUGGUGAGAUUUGGAGAUUUGGACAUCUUUGGACCGGAUGGUGACGAGUAUGCUCAACAGCUGGGGAUUGCGGAAAUAAUACGUCAUCCGGAGCACCGGUUUUUGGCGUAUUACAAUGAUAUUGCACUCGUCAAGCUGGUUGGUUCUGUAUCAAUCGGGAAAUCGGUUGCCCCAGCUUGCUUAUGGCCGGAUAUGGAAGUUCGGUUCACCAAUAUGGACGCCGUGGGUUGGGGUCGAGUAGGAUUUGGUAAAAAAAUAAUCUUAAAAGCCAGGACGUUUGUCAAGAUAUUUCUUUGCAUUCAAGCUGGAAAUCAAUCACCCGUUCUGUUGAAGAUGGCUCAAUCUCCCAUGUUACACGAGAAGUGCGCAAUGGUGUAUAACAAUGAAACAAUUAGAAAGCUGCGAUCCGGUCUCCACGAACAUCACAUCUGUGCAUCGGAUGUUCUAACGGACACGUGCGAAGGAGAUUCCGGCGGACCAUUGCAGGUCAAGUUGAUGCACAACUUCCGGGAGACGCCAUUCGUCGUAGCGGUUACCUCGUUUGGAUUACCGUGCGGGACUUCAAAUCCAGGCGUUUACACCAGGGUGGCCCCUUACCUGGACUGGAUCGUGGCCACCAUGCAGGAUCGUGGAGAACGCGUAGACGACCAAACGUUCAAUACGACUGCGUGUGCACGGCGAUACGUUAGUUUGCGAGAUCCGUACGAAGGAGUGGUACAGCACCGGAAUGAAACGUAUGUCGAUGUCAACUAUUCGAGUCAACACAUGUUGCUGGACGUCGAGUUGCCUCCGUAUAUUGCUAAACUUGGUUGGGCAGCAGGAUCAACGGGAGCGGAUUACUGCUAUGGGGUGAUCGUUGAUGAAGAAAUCGUCCUGACCGUGGCGGAUUGUGUGGAAUUCAUGGGAAAACCGGUAAAUCGAAUAAUAACACCGGAGAAGAUUGAUGUGGCAGCGAUUUAUAUCCACCCUGAAUACAAAAAGGGAACCAGUUAUAACAAUAUCGCUAUUUUAAAGUUGAAGAACUUGUUGGAUUUCAAAUCUGAAACAACAGCGUCCUGUAUUUGGCACGAUUUCAAGCUACCAUAUGAACGGAUUCAAACUAUCGGAGUCGGUCGCAAGGAUUUGGUAAUCUUGCCAGAACUAGCAAUACUCCCAGAUCCAACGCAAGUAACAUACAGAGCGAAGAUAACCGCCUUCAAUGAGACCAGUUGUCACUUGUCCAAGGCCAGUCUAGCCAGCAUGCGGCAUGGAUUUGCGCACGAGCUUGUCUGCGCAGGCAACGACUUCUUCCUGGUACCCGAGGUGUGCAAUCUGGCCAUCGGCGGACCACUCUUCGGCACUCGGUGGCACGACGAUCGAGAGUACGGCUAUACCUUUGCGCUGGCCCAGUUCGGCCGAGACUGUGGCUUCGGCGAACAUCUGUUAGCGACCCGGUUGUGGAGUCACAUAGACUGGAUGAAGUCGGUACUGUUGCCCGGACAUCACCAUGCUAGCAGUAGGUUGCUGUUUCUGGAACGGGAUCGCCAAGAGGGUGAUCCUUGCAAGACCGAGCACGGCGUCGAUGGACGUUGCGUUGCCUUGGGAGAAUGCUUUCAAAGUCGAGUGGAGUUUUUAAACCGGACAGAUAAAAAGUUUUGCUCGUCGACAGAGGUCGUCUGCUGUCCUCUGGAUGUGAUCGUAAAAAAGAAGAAAGCUGUUAAUCGUCGAACGGAACUGGAGGAGUGCCAGCAGAUUGUGAGUAAAUUAAACGUAUUGAGUCCGUACGGAUUCAUGGUUGAGAUCGGAUCGGAGUUCGAUGACAAGUUUCGAUGUUUAGGAUCAAUUAUCGCCACUCAAACUAUCGUUACGACUAGAAGUUGUUUGGGUAACAGUAUCCCAACAAAGGUUAGAUUUUUGACAAACGUAAACAGCACAAUACAGGUGGAAAACGUAACUUUUCACGAUCUCUACAACGCUAGUGACUCAAGCUUCGACAUCGCAUUACUCGAGCUCGAAACUCCGAUUAUCUGGAGUCCUCAACUGUAUCCAGCCUGCCUUUGGAUGAACAAAACUCACACUCCUAUGAUCACGAGAAUGCUUUUUAUGGAUGACGAUCAAGUUUCCGUCCAGAUGAUCCAGGCCAAGUACAACUCAGACUGCCAACGGGUUCACCCGAGGGAGCUGCACCGAUCGCAGCUUUGUGCGAAGGAGGUAUGGGACGAACCGGUUUGCCGGAAGUCGGGUGAUGUACUGGUGUCGCAAACUGCGACCGGCCCUAGCUAUCUGGUGGGACUGGCUUUGCACGAGGAUGGUUGCUCGGGAUGGGACUACGGAACGUUCACCAGGAUAUCUAUGCUGGUUGAUUGGAUCAGUGGGAACAUGUGAGAUUUUAAAUAUAAUUUAUGUGUGCAUUAGUAGCAAACAAAACUGGUUUUUCUUGUUGAGAUGAUUCCAAGUCGUUGCUUAGAUACUUUCGCGAUCGCUGUA